AUGUCUGCCUCAUCUGUUAAAGGCUUAAUCUCCUCUAACUUGUCAAGUAUUUCUUCUUCCAUAUGGAUUCUUGAUUCUGGUGUGUCACAUCAUAUGUCAUAUGAUCAUAAGUCUUUUGCAUCUUUAAAUCUUGCAUCAUCCGUGUCUCUCUUGACUGCUGAUGGUACUCCUAUGCCAAUAUCAGUCAAUUAUGUGAUUCUGGUUAUUCAGUUGUUUUUUCUUCCACAUCUUGUUAUGUGCAGGAUUCAUAAUCCGGGAGAAAGAUUGGGACAUGCCGUAGAUGGGGGGGAACUAUAUGUUUUGGAUGAGCUGGAAGUUCGAGAUAAUGUUGCCUCAACAUCCAUUGGUGAUUUAUCAUCAUUUUGUUUGAAUUCGUCCUCAACUAGUUUUUAUUUAUGGGAUUCUCGGCUUGGACAUGUUUCUGCGGUUGAUACUAAUGUUAAUCCAGAUGCAAAUGUAUCUCUUGUUCUCACGGCUUACCAACAACCUCUUGCAAUUUCUAAUCCUACUUCACAUAUAACACCACCACCACCACCACCUCCUCCCCCCCUCCUCCUUGUUGUUAUCCUCCACGUGAUUGAACUUGUCAAGUAUUUGAGUUUGAUUCUAGAGGCUUUUUUGUGUCAUUCAUCUGAGUUCUCUGCUCUGAAGUUCCUAGAUAUGGAACUUGAAAAAGGUGGAGAAAAUCCAGAUAAUCAAGUUGAGGCCUCAGACAGAAUGAAGAUGGAUAUGGCCUACGUCACCACCGAUUAUGUUAAAGCUAAGAAUAAACCAACCCCUACAAGUGAAGUCCAUAGUGCUAUGAAACAAGAGAUUCUACAGCUAGAGAGAAGAUUACAAGAUCAGUUUGAGGUUAGAUGCACGUUAGAAAAAGCACUCGGAUACAGAUCUUCAUUACUUGUCAAUUCAAAUGAAAAGAUGGUGCCUAAGCCAGCAACAGAAUUGAUUAAGGAAAUUGCAGUGUUGGAGUUGGAAGUUGUGUAUUUGGAACAACAUCUUCUCUCAUUGUACCGAAAAGCUUUCGAUCAAAAAUUACCUUCUGUAUCUCCGUUUACCAAGGAAGAAACUAUAAAACAUUCUCCAGCAACACCUCAAGAACCAUUUGUUAAAUCUUCUAUGCUUGAGGUCUUAACCAAAAAUGACCAUGAUGAGCUUGAGAAUCUGCAAAUGGAACAUAGUAGAUAUGAAAUGGAGAAUUUGGGGAAAGAAAAACAUUUAGAUUCGGGUGUUUAUCGUUGUCAUUCUUCAUUAUCGCAUUGUACAGCAUUUACAAGAGCAUCUCCUACAGAAGAGUCUUUAACCAAAGCUUUGCGCGCCUGUCAUUCGCAACCAUUGUCCAUGAUGGAGUAUGUUGAAAGCUCUUCAUCAAAUAUAAUAAGUCUUGCCGAACAUCUCGACCCUCCUAUGAUACAUCCAGGCCUUUCAUCUCCCAUUUCAUCGUUGUCCUCAACGAGCAACUUCUCUAUUGGCGAUCAAGGCGAUACUUGGAGCCCAAGCACCAUGGUUGAAAUACCAUGGAUUUAUAAAGAGAAUCAGAAAUCGGGUGAUACAAAAAAGUUGCUCCAAAAUUACAAGUCGCUUAUUUCUCGAUUAGAAGAAAUAGAUCCUGGAAAUUUAGAGCACGACGAGAAGUUAGCUUUCUGGAUCAACAUACACAAUGCUUUAGUGAUGCAUGCAUUUUUGGCUUAUGGCAUUCCACAAAACAGUAUGAAAAGAGUCUUUCUUCUUCUAAAGGCUGCAUAUAAUGUUGGAGGUUAUAUAGUUAGCGCAGACACGAUACAAAAUACUAUACUUCGGUGUCGAAUGUCUCGCCCCGGACAGUGGCUACGUUUAUUUUUUUCUUCGAAGACAAAAUUCAAAACCGGAGACGGAAGACAAGCAUAUGCAUUGAAGCAUCUCGAGCCUCUUUCACACUUUGCUCUUUGUUCCGGAAACCAUUCUGAUCCCGCGGUUCGCGUAUAUGCACCAAAGAGGGUGUUUCAAGAUCUAGAAGUAGCGAGGGACGAGUACAUUCGAGCUACAUUAGGCGUACGCAAGGACCAAAGGAUACUUCUACCAAAGCUUAUCGAAACAUUCGCGAAGGACUCAGAUUUGUGUCCUAGUGGUGUUAUGGACAUGAUCCUAGAAUCUCUACCGGAAUCACUAAGGAGAAGAGUUAAGAAAUGUCAACUUGCAAGAUCCAAGAAGUGCAUAGAAUGGAUUCCACAUAACUUUAAUUUCAGAUAUCUUAUAUCUAAGGAUGUUCUAAAAUAG